GCUGACCAAAAUAUUUAACCUGGUUUGUCUUGAAUCAUGUUUUCCGGUCUUGAUCCUUUCUUCUUGACUUUCACACCUUUGAAUUCCAGACUCCCUUCUGUGACCAAUAUUCAUUCUAGAUUACCGAAGAUAUCAGGCCAGUUCUUGAUUGUAUUUCCGUGACCGUUUUAUUUUAGUUCCCUCAAAGUGCUAUCGUGGAUCUUCCUAAAUCAUUCCUCUCUUGUCCCUCCUUUCGAUCAUCGUAUCCUUGCAAGUUCGUGCACACUUCUCCACAUGCAUCCUACUCGUCCCUACUACUCUUCAAACGUCUAUUCGUCCAAUGUCGUAGAUAUUGGCGACCCUUAUACGAUAUCCCAGCAACCUAUGGCCAGCACGUCUAUGGUUACUCUACAGCAGACCCCAUCAAAGAUCGAGCGGGCCUGCGAUGCCUGUCGCCGUAGAAAGACUAAAUGUGAUGGCCCACGCAUGCCUGAUAAUAUCUGUACCAACUGUGUACAGAAUCGCAAGACCUGUACUUAUAUCGAGGCUUCGAAGCCUAGAGGUCCUCCAAAGGCAUAUAUCACUGGUCUUGAGGACAGGUUGGAAAGAAUGGAGGCACUUUUAAAGCGGCUCCGCCCUGAGGCUGACUUCUCGGAAGAACUUGGUUCACCAGUUGUCCGUGAUUCUUGGAAACAUGAUGCAGAACCACAAUACCGUCUUUCCCCAGAUGAAAAAUCAUCAUCUCCAGUCGCUCAUUUGCGAUCUCAUGGGUCACCUUCUGUCGGUACUAGUCUACCCCCUGUUGGCAAAUUUUUGCCUUCAUCUAGCGUUAGUGUCAGGAGCCGGCGUUCCGCGGGCACCCCUCGAACUGAUACAGACUUAUCAUCGGACGGAUGUACAUCCUCGGAGAGUGAAGAAGUCGGCGAAUUGAGUCUUUCCCGGGGCAUGAAGCGUCUAACCAUUCGUGGGCUCGAGCCUGCCCAGGAACAUGCCCCAUUUGUGGAUAAUCAAGUCCGCUUCCAUGGCAAGAGUAGCUGCUUCAAACUCAUCGAACCAACCCGAAAACUUCGCGACGAACACAUCAACCGCAUAUCCCAAGAGUCAGGCUUGACUGAUGCCGAGAGUGGAUCGGGCAGUCGCAGUUCACCGGAAUCAACGAGUUCUGCCAGUUUUACACCAAUACGACGGCGAGAAUUCUGGACCACGCCUUCAUGGGAACUUAAUUUUGAAAGCUUCCAAGACAGGCUCGAGCCGCUCUGCCAGUCGCUAACAAAGGAAUUCCCCCCACCUGACUUGACCGACAGUUUGAUCAACUUAUACUUUCUCCAUAUCAACCCUCAAUGUCCACUUUUCCAUCGACCGACAUUUGAGCGCCAAUGGCGGAAGGGUCUUCAAGAAACAGAUCUGUGGUUUGGAUGUCUGUGCUUGGCGUUAUUCGCUGUUGCUAGCCGCUGGUCCGACGAUCCCCGCGUAUUGGAUGGUGCGUACGGUAUACCCGAGGCAGAGAUAUCCGACGAGGAUUAUAAGUGGCAAAGAGCAGGAUGGAAGUACUUCAGCGCAGCAGUUGACGUUCAUCGCGAUUCUCGCAGCUUGUUUCACCCCCCUGGCCUCUUUGAGGUACAGACCAUGUCUUUACUAGGCAUGUUUCUACGCGGUACUGCUUAUCAUCCAGUGGGAUGGCUUUUUAUCAGUAUUGGCCUCCGCAAAGCUCAGGAUGUUGGCGCACAUCGCAAGAAGAUUUAUGGAGCAAAGCCAAGUGUUGAGGAGGAACUGUGGAAAAGAGCAUUUUGGGUGCUUGUGCUGUACGACCGCAUAGGAAGUGCAGCUCUUGGACGACCAUGUUGUUCUGGAGAGGAAGACUUCGAUGUCGACCUUCCCCUGGAAGUCGAUGAUGAAUACUGGGAAACCAACGAUCCUGAGAAGGCAUUCCAACAACCACCGGGAAAGCCAUCAAAGAUAACAGGGUUCAACUCCUACCUAAAAUUGACUAAAAUCGCGGCAUACGCUCUGAGGACCAUCUAUGCCCUUGACAGGUCCAAAUUGUUGGUUAGUGCCGCGCGUCCGCGGUGGCAUGAAGUUUUGAAUCGCCUUAGUGCCGCAAUGACUGAAUGGGCCGACUCAGUGCCUCCUCAUUUGCAAUGGUCACCUCACAUAGAAGAUCCGCUCUUCGCCAACCAAUCGGUUACGCUGUACACCACCUAUUACAUCAUCCACAUCCUCAUUUACCGUCCCUUUUUACCCGGUUCACUUCGCUCCCUUUCCAAUGUUACCCCACACACAAACAUGCCGGUCCCCUGUAUAGGCGUCUGUGUCAGCGCAGGAAAAUCCUGUGCGAAGAUACUGCGGGCACAGAUUCAAAGGGGUAUAUCCAAUAUACCCACGCUCAUUUGUGGGUCACACAUGUGCGCUGCGAUUCUUCUCAUGAACUUUUGGGAUUUGAAAUGGCAAGAGCGCGAACAACUCCAGUCUGGUGGAAUGGAGGAUGUGAAGCCAGCAUUUGCGGUUGCGAUGGCAGAGCUCCUUGACGACAUCUCCUUCUUCAUACAAGUGCUUGAACAUCUGAAACCGCGAUGGAGAAAUGCCGAGAUGUAUCUAAAGGACCUUACUGCUUCAAUGCCACACAGCCUCAACGGCUCUGGAAGCGGUGGUCACAAAGGUAAUCUAUCACUCCAAAGCUAUGGGGGCAAAGACGACGCACGCACAUUGUUACCGCCACCGGAUUAUCGCCCCAAUCCCUCAUCAGUGUACCAUCCUGCGCUACCGCCUGUCACUACAUACCCAUACGUCCCACUGGCCGAGCCCGUCAACACCAGUCCUCAUUGGUUCGACUUUCCGCACCUUACCAGACAUCCAGUUCCUGGAGUACUACCCUUGUGGGAAUCCCGUGGACUAGGGCAAGGCGGAGCCACCUCUUGGAGCAAUCAGCUGCAGACUCGUCCCUCGUCCUUGCAGUCAUCUCAUUCUCACAAAUAUGACCAUCCCGCCAUUCGUUCCCUAGAAGCUCCGAACGCCUCGGUCACCAGCCUCGACUCUGGAAUAAUGAUGCCUGCGAGCCUUGUGCACGGAUCUGAUACAAGAUUGUCAUGUAACGAGCGCCCCGUGUCACGUCCGCAGUUUGAACGUGCAACCUGUCCACCGUUCAAUAAUUAUACCCAGCAUAGUGGAAAUGGCCAAAUGCAUGCCAACGCUACGCAUCACACAUAUACCACUCAUUCAGAAUCAAGGUACGGGUGGCCAGCAGCUGAGUGGGAGCAAUCGUAUGGACCUCGUUCAUCGAUUGCCGGCUCUCCUCCACCUCGUUCCAGUAACUUCCUGCACCCCAAAGGGAGUGAAUACUCGCAGGGACACAUCGUCUCAUAUGCCGGGCAGUAUUGAUAUCGAUGGGCAGACAAGGGUUUCACCGUCUUAUGUAUAUAACGACUUUCCAUGAUCAAUUUCGUGUCGCUUGAUGUCGAGGACUCUGUCGACGAUGUAUUUAUUUUCUAGUUUACAUACUAUCCGUCCUAGUUUUUGCCGUAGAUUACAUCUCUUAGAUUUUACCGUGUUUUCUGCAUGUCAUGAAGAGCCCCCUUUAAUUGUUUGUAGGACUAUCAAAGCCUGACGAGAAUGCUUCCAAUAUU